AUGGAACGGGCACUGCAGGCUCAGCAGGUUCCUGAGGAGCAAUGGGUUGAGUUUGGAACUUAUCAGCUGCAGGGUGAGGCUCAGCAUUGGUGGCAGGGGACACGACGUAUCCUGCAGCCAGAUGGCGCUGUGAUUCCUUGGGAGGUUUUCCGAACAGAGUUCUAUAAGAAAUACUUUCCUAAUUCAGCCAGAAAUGCCAAGGAACUUGAAUUGAUGCAGUUAAAGCAGGGACAGGUGACUGUUGCUGAGUAUACUAGCAGGUUUGAGGAGUUAUGUCGCUUUUCUCGUAUUUGUCAAGGUGCGCCUGAUGAUUUUGCUGAGUGGAAAUGUAUUAAGUAUGAGGGAGGUCUUCGAAGUGAUAUUCUGAGCUUCGUUGCACCAAUGGAGAUCAGAGUGUUUUCAGAACUGGUAAAUAAAAGUAGAGUUGCUGAGGAUUGUCUGAGAAAGGCGACAUCAGAUAAGAGUGAUCAGCGAGUUUUUGUUAGGAGAGAUCAGGGAAGGAACUUCGCCCCUAGAGGACAAGAUUUUAAGCGAGGCGGUUACACCCCACAACCACAUUUGGGUCAGAAUAACUUCCAGAGAUUCAGUAAUAAUAACAGCCAGGGAAGAGGCAAAGGAAAGCAAGCUCAGACCCCACCGAAUGAUUUAACUUGUAGGAGGUGUGGAAAGUACCACCCGAAUACUCCGUGCAGGGCUGGUUUAGGUGUAUGCUAUUACUGUGGUGAAGCUGGGCAUUUGUCUUGGAAUUGUCCAGAAAAGAAGAAGAAUCAAGAAGCUGGAAAGGCACAACAUCAGGGACGCGUGUUCACUAUGACAGCGGAUGGUGCUGGAACUACAGAUACUCCGAUUAGAGGUAAUUACGCACUGAUAAUCGAAAUUUCUGACUACCUUGCGUAG